AUGGAUAAUUUGAGUUUAAGAAACAUCUUUGCAAUUAAUGAAGCUGAAUUGUCUGAGGAGAGUUGUUUUACUUUUGGAAUAUGGUCUAAAUAUAGUCCAUUAAAUAUAAAAGCUUUUAAAGAUCAAAUUGGUAUGUUUUAAAGUAAUUGCUAUUAAUUAAUAAAUGUAAUGGAAUACACAACUUAAAGUUUAUAUUUUAUUUAUUAUGUCUGUCUUGAAUAUUCAACAAAAAGAAUAGUAAAAACAAUAUAAUUUGUAAAUGAUUAAGAUUAAUCAAUUCAAUUUGACAAAGCUCUUGAUCCAUAUGAAUUUGAAAACAUUUGGUACUAAUUUUAGUUGAUUUCAUGGCCAAUGUUAAGGAGAUUAGAAUUGAUCAUCAUAAAAUAAGAUAAAACAAUACUCAAAGAACUAAUAACUGAUAUUAAGCCUUUCAAAGAAUAACAACUAUUAUUAACAUUUGGAGACAACUUGGAAGUAAUUGAAUCUAGGAUUGAUUAAAUUAAAUAAGGAAUGAUAUUUUCUUUAUUUCCAGGAUAAAUUGUUGUAUAUCAUCCCUUAAUAGAUAUAAUCCCUAUAUCAUUUGACUUUUAAUAACAAAUAAUUGAAGGAUAUUCUAGUCUAACAUAAUGUAAUUGUUAAAACAAUGAACAAGUGGAUUUAGAAGACAUUGGCUUAAAUGUUCUUGAUGACAAGAUUUAUAUUUCAGAAAAUGUUAAUUGUAAUUUUUAUGCAUUGAGUGGGUGGUUCAAAGUAAAAGAUAUAGUGUAGAAAUCUGAAGAAUUUACUUAUUAAUUUAUUAAAAUGACAGUAUUUAUAGGAAAACAACAAAUAUUUAAUGAGAACUUAGCUACAUUUUAAAUGUUUUAUUAGAUCUCUACUCUUUCAACCAAAAUAAUAAUAAAAACCUAUACUUAUGAUUUUCCAAUUGCCAUAAAAGAGAUUUAAGAUGUUUCAUAGGAAAUUGAGAAAUAAUUUUAGAUUUAAAAGGAUAAUCUAAAGUAAUGGCAUUAUUUGUUUUUGUAAUUAGAAGAUAAUUAAUUUAAUAUUAAAAUAACUUUUUAUGAUUAUUAAAGUAAUAUCUAAUUUUAUGAGGCUUAAUUAUAAGUAAGAUAAUUUCAUAAUUGUUAAUUUAAAUUAUAGUAUGGAAAUAUAUAAUAGAAUUCAUUAAACUUUUUAAAAAUAGAAUUAAGAAAAUUUUAAUUUACUAAUUGCUAAUAUGAUGAAAGGAUAACUAAAUGCCAUUCUAGUUGUUUAGAUUGUGAUGGUUCUAAUAAGAGUAAUUGUUUGUCAUGCUCAGUUGAUUAGUAGAGGAUAUACAUUCCUGAAUUUAAACAAUGCCUUUGUCCAUAUUCUACAAUAGAUUAUGAUAAUAAAUGCAUUACUUAUGAAGAUUCAAACCUAUUAUUAAAAGUUAAAUAAAAUAUUAAUAACAAGUGUAAAGCAGGUUAUUUUGAAUUAGAAGGAGAUUGUGAAAGAUGGUAUAUUAUUAAAUAAUUCUUCAUAGUCCUUCUAGAGUAAAAGAUGAUUUGAUUACAUGUUUUGAAUGCUUUUCAUAAGGAAAGGAUUGGGCUUCUAAAUCUAUAUGUGAAGAAUAUAUUUAUUUUCCUUUAUCUUUUUAGAUUGAAAAUGCUAUUCUUUACGAUUAUUCAUUGUAGUAUUACCAUGAUGGAUCUGAUCUAAUAAUAUGUGAGAAUUGUUUAGAACUGGGUUAUGAACAAGAAUUGUAAAAUGAAGAUGCCAUUUAUAAAUUGUUUGUAGAAAAAUUUAAUAGUUUUGAAUCAUUUUGUUUUUCUUUAAUAGACUUUGUUUAAGAGUAAAAAUGUACAAUUUGUAAUGUUGGUUUUUGUAUUUUAUGUGGAAUUUAAGUUGAAGGAAUAGUUUGUUUAAAAUGUGAAGAGGAUUAUAUUGUAGUUGAUGGAUUAUGUAUAUUCAACAAAAAAAUUCCUUAUAUCUAUAAAUAAUGUCAACCUCCUUAUUAUACAACUUAUACUAGAGAAUGCAAGAUAUGUCCUAUUAAAUAUUGCUUAUAAUGUUUUGAAUAUAAUUAUAAUAAUAAUGAGGAAUCUAAUUCACUCUCCUAAGCUAAAGUUUAUAUUCUAGAAGAGAGUAAUUCUUAUGUUAAAAUUGGAUGUGUUUAAUGCUAAGAUGGUUAUAUUUUUAAUUUUAACUCUGGGUUAUGUGUUAAUUAAGUACCAAGAAUAUAAUAUUGUUUAACAUCAUAUAUAAAAUAAUUAGAUGAAAAAUGUUUAAUAUCAUCCUUGAAUAAUUUUGAAGUUUCAAGAGUAAUUAAUAAUUGUGAUGAUUAUAAUUUAAAUUGUGAAAUAUGCGCAUUUUAUUAUCAAUCAGUUAUAAUUUGUAUAAACUGUAAAAUUGGAUUUUUGUUAUAAGAAGGAUAAUGUUAUAUGAAUGAAGAAUCUAAAAUUAAUUAUUCUAUAGAUAUCUGGGAUUUGUAAAUUUAAGCCUUUUUAUUAAUAUAUCAAUUAAAUAAAAGUUUAGAUUAUCCUAACGACAAAUCUUCAAAAUGUGGAUAUUCUUGUCUUUCAUGUAAAAAUAAUGAUUAUUAAUACUUUUGUGAAAAAUGUAGGUCAAACUAUUUGGAAGAUCCCAUAAAAAUCUAGUUUGGACUUUAUUGUCCUGAAUGUCCUCGACUUUGCCAAAUUUGUAAAUCACGUCCUCUUUAAGAUAUUAAAGUAAUUUAAUAUAUUAUAUAUAUUUAGACUAUUAAUCCUUUAUAUUAAAUUACUUAAGAAAAUUCUAUAUAUACAUAAUAAUGUCUUUUACCAAUUAUGGAUCCAUUUGUUUUUCAUGAUCCCUAUCAAAAAAUAACACAAUAUUGUUUUGAUGGCAUUUGUCAUCACGAAUUUGAAUUAGAAUUUUUUUAAGUUAAUUGCUUUUUCAAUAGAUUUCCAAGUACUCUUUCAUACUUCAAUAUCAAUUCAGAAUAUUGUAACCACAUUGGAAUAAAUACACUUACAUUUAACUUAUACUUUGAUUUAUAAGUGGAUUCUUGUUUAAUAGUUCCAACAAUGAAAAGUCAGGCAUCAUUAAAAUAAGAUAUCUUUACACUAAACAAUAUAAAUAUUAAUGUAAAAGCUUUGAAUCCGUUCUUUCUUGUAUUUAUCAAUUUAAUAUUAUUUGAAGAUUAUGAUAAAGUGACUUUUAUUAAUUUUGGUUUUAUAUUUGAAGAAAAUUUGUAAAACAAUAUUAUUUUGUUGAAUAUUCAUAAUCAUGUUGAUUUAUCAUUGAUUAAUUGUACAAUAAUGAAUAGUAGUAUCAUUAAUGUUACAUCUGUAUUUUAUGCUGAAUAAUUUGGUUCAAUCUAUAUAUAAAACUUUUCAAUUAUAAAUACAACCAUUAAAAAUUCCUCAUUAUUUAAUUUACAACUAUUAUAAUUACAAGGAUAAAUGGCUAUUGAUUCCUUAUUUAUUGUAAAUUGUACAUUUAUAGAUUCCUAAUUUAUCUAAUUUUCAAAAAGCUUAUAAAAUAUUCAAAUUCUAAAUUUAACUUUAGAUUCAUGUGUAUUCUAAAAUGCAUCACUUUUUACUUUUUAUUUAAAUUACAUAAAAGUAACAACAUUCCAGAUGAAAAAUAUAUUUAUUAAAAAUAAUUAUUUUCGUCUUUCAUAUUUCCUAUUUUGUUCAUAAAUUAUUCAUAUAGUCUUAAAUAAUGUUAUAUUGGAAAUUAAUAGAAUUGAAAAUUCAAUAUUAUUUGGAUUUAGUUAUAGUUUAUCUGCUAAUUACAUUCAAAUUAAAGGAAAUCUAUUUAUUGAAUCACAAUUCUUAUAAACAAUUGAAGUAACAAAUGAUAAAAUCGCUUAAUGUUCUAUCUAUGAACUUAUAGUAGAAAAAAAUGUACUUCAAAAUACUAAUCUAUUUCAUAUAUUUUCAAAUUCUUAUUCAAAUAAAUUGUUAAUUUCUAUUUCAUCUGUUCAAAUCUAAUAAAACAUUAGAUCAAUUAAUACAGAUUAAUCAAGUUAAAUAUUAAAUAUUAAUAGUAAAACAUUAAAUUUAAAUAAUUUUUUUAUUAGCGAUAACUAAGAAAUUCGUAUUAUUAAUCUUUAUGAUAAUGAAGAUAUAAAACUCAACAAUUUAAUUUUUUAAAAUUAAAUAGUUCAUCAAAAAGUCUCUGUUUCAAAGAAUUGUUUAUAGAGAUCAAAUCUCUAAAACUAAUUAAUAUUAAUUAUGGGUUUUGAUUAGAUUUAAUUAGAAAAAUGCAAAAUUAUAAAAUAAUCAAGUGUUGAUGAAUCACUAAUAGAAAUAGUUUCUAGUAAAUCAAAAUAAUAAUUUGGUUUAAUUGUCAUAAAAAACAUUGAAUUUUAUGGAAAUCUUUUACAAUUAUUUAGUUAAGUCUAAUCUUUUUCAUUAUUAGCCAUUAUUUCAGAUAAGUAAAUUAAUGUUGUAAUGGAAGAUGUGAAAUUUUAAAAUAACUUUAUGCAUAUAUAUUCUGAAAGUGCUCUAAAGUAAUCAGCUACUUUAUUUUAUAUUACUUCAGCUCUAAGUUAUAUUUCAAUUAAUAAUUUAAAUUGUAUCUAAAAUUCUUUGACUAAUUCAUCUAAUUCUUUUAUCAGGAUUUCAACUAAAUAGUUAAUAAUGAGCAAUAUAUUGAUCAAAAAUCAUAACAUUUUACCAUAUAAUAUUUGGAAAGAUUAUUAUCCUAUAAGUUUAGAGAAUGAAAAUGAUUAAGAAGAAAUUAAUCUCUUUAUAAUGUAGAUUUAUCAUAUUAAAGUAAUAGGAGGAGCAGCUUAAAUUGAAACUAGCAAAUUUUAAUGUUUAAAUUGUUCAUUUCAAGAAAUAUUAGUUGCAAAAAGUUCAGUUUUUGAUAUUGUUACUUCAAAUGAAGGAAUUAUUUUAAUUAAAAAUUUCUCAGUUAAUUCAACUACAUAUAGUUAGAUUGAAUAGGCUGAAAGUUCUGGAUGUUUAACUUUGAAUUCUUAGAAUAGUUUAUUAACUCUAUCUAUAUCAUCUGCUAGAUUCUCAAAUGUAAUUAAUAGAAUGUCCACAUCCCUUUUCUCAAUAAUACCAUCAUUACUUCAAAAUAAUAUAAUUAUCGAAAAUGUAUAUAUUAUCAACUGUAUUUCAUUGAUGAAUUAGAUAAUUGAUAUUUAAUUCAUUAAUUAGAUUGUUGCUUUGAAUUAAAUUUAAUUCAUAAAUAUUAAGAUAAUAUAAGAUUAAUAAGCAUGGGUUACCUAUUUUUAAUAGGUAGGAUUAAUAAGUUUGUCUGAGAUAUUAGAAAUAACAGGAAAUAAUAAUGCUUUAAUAUUUUUUGAAAAUUGUGACAUUUAAAUAAGAGAUUUAAUAGUUGAAGGAAUACUAAUUGCUCCUGUUUUAAAGUUAAUUAAUGUACAAAAUUUGUUGAUCUUUAAUUGUUAUAUUGAAAAUAUACUCAGUAUAACAUCAUAAGAUUUAAUUCAUAUUAGUUAAACCAUUCAAACUAAAUCUUUUAUUUAUUUAAAAUCAAUUAAUAUUAGAGAAGCACUUUUACUUACAUCAAAUUCUUUUCCAUAUGUUCAGUCUUCUAAGCUUAAUGCUGAUUAUUUUAUAGGUGGAUGUCUGAUUAUGAAUAAUUCAUUUUUAAUUGAAUAACCAGAAGAUUAUCUUUCUAGCAAUAUCAUUUAGCUGUAAAAAUCAUAAUAAAUAAAAAAUUCAAUCAUAUAUAUAAAAAGUUAAUCAAAUUUAAGUAAUAUUUUUCUAGAUAUGAUAAAAUUAGAGUAUAAUAAUUUUCAAACAAGUAUAAAUGGAAUUAUUUAUUUUGAAGUUGCAUCUUUUUAGAAAUUAAGAAUCUAGAAUUUAGAUUGUAAUAACAAUUUUAUAAAAGAAUAUGGAUGUCUUCAUUUCGUAGGCAAUAACUCAGUUAAUUCUAGAAUUUAAAUUAAGGAUUCAAAUUUUAUUAAUAAUAACGGAACUAAAGGAGUUGCUAUUAAAGUUACUGAUAUAUCUUUAGAUUUAAGAAAUUGUAAAAUUACUUCCAAUUUCGCAAGUACUUAAGGUGGAGGUUUAUAUUUAAGAAUAACAUCAAAAUUAUUUAGAAUAAUAAAGACAUUGAUUAUAAAUAAUCAUGCAUAAGAAGGAGGAGGAAUUUAUUUUGAAAAAGAUCAUAAUUUGAAUAAAGAGAACUUUUAUUAUUCUUAUUUAUUUUUCAAUUAAGCAUUAAAUUAUGGAAAUAAUCUUGUUGAAAAUCCAACCCAUUUAGCACUCUUUAUUAAUUCAAAAGAAAUGCCUGCUGAAAUAUAAUAGAAGGAUACUACAUCAAUAAGUUUUCUCAAGAUUAAACCUUAUAAAAUAAUUGAAUAAGGAAAAUAUAUUGAGACAAAGCAACUCAUGAUUCCCAGUAAUCAAGAAAUCAAUGUCUAUUAAUUAUUUAUUUUAAAAAGAUCCUUAUAUAUAAGCUAUAUUAAAAAUAUGAGUCUAUAGUUUAAAAACAGUAAAGGAGAAUUACUUUUUAAUUUAAUUAGCUCAACAUGUCAUGUAUCCAGUUUUUUGAUUAAAAAAGAUGGGGGAGAAGUUGUAGGAUUAACUAAAAAUCAUAUAUUAUCAUAUGAAUCUUUAAAUAAUAACUUUGAGUUAGGAGCUUUAGCUUUUAGCAUUGAUCCUUACGAAUUAGAUUAUAGUCAUUUAAAAAUUCAAGUCAACUGCAAAACUUCAUAUUCCUAAAAUGAAUUCACAUAUAUACUUAAUGCAAAAAGUCUUAAAUGUUAAUUAGGUGAAUUUUAUAUUGAGAAUGGUUGUUAAAUUUGCAGUUGGAGUUAAGGAUUUUAUAGUGUCACUUAUAAUGCAAUUAAAUGUUCCAUAUAUGAUAAAUAAAAAUUCUAAAAUAUAACAUCAAAUAUGAUUAAUUUAUAUGAGGGUUAUUGGAGACCUAACUAUUUGUCAGAUUAUACUGAAUCAUGUUAUAAAAAUCCAUAAUUUUGCUAAGGAGGUUGGGGUGUCGGAGAUAGUACAUGUAUAUUGGGACAUAAAGGUGCCUUAUGUGAAAUGUGUGAUGUUUAUAAUUAAAAAGGGGAUGGAAAGUUUUUUAAGGAAUAAUAGAACUUUUCAUGUUAAUCAUGUUCAAAAAAUGAUAACAUUGUCCUUCCUUUUUUAUUUGCAUUAUUUUAGUAUAUAAGAUUAUUAAUUUAUAGGUCUUUAUUAUCUAUAACCUUGUCCUUAAAAAGCAUCAAUAAAUCAAAUUAACUAUUUUCUUCACUAAAAAUAUUUUUUAGAUUGAGUAAAUUAAUAUUUAAAUUGAGUUAAGGUAAUAAUUUCUAUUAAUAAUUAGAUCAUGAAGGCAUAUUAGUAAAACUAUUAUUAAAUUAUUUAUGGAUAUUUUCUGUUAUUUUUACUUUCAAUAUUAAUUUUUCGUUCUCCUUUAUAUUUAUUGAGUAAUCUAGCAAUAGCUUUUAUUUUAUGGUCAAUAAUUUAGAUUGUUACUUAUCAGACUUAUAAACACAGUUAAUCUAUAUUAAAAUCUUUGUAAUUUUAAUAUUAAUGUUAUUAUAAUUCAACUUGAUACUUGCUCUAUCCCUUGUAUAUCAUAGUAUAACUAAAAAUAAUAUGGACAAUAGCUUACUCUCAAAUACUUUGCUUUAUUUAUAUGUUUUUAAUUAUGGAGGAUUGAUAAAAAUGUAUUAUAUUGAAUUUAUAAUUAGGCUCUGUUCAUCCUUGUCAGGUAGAUAAAUAUCGAAUAUAAAUUAUAUAUAAGGAGAUGUAUCCUUAUUAUAUGAUACAAGGGAUCAUUAAUUGUGGAUAUAUUCUCUAAUUUUACCAUUACUAGUAGUUUAUGGUUGCAUAAUACCAUUUUCUUUAUUUUUAUUAACUUAUAUUAAAAGAGAUAUUCUUGAUAAAAUUAAAUUUAGAAGACAUAUUUGUUAUUUAUUUAAUGAAUACACUGAUAACAAUUAUUAUUGGGAAUAGAUUAAAUUAUUAUAAAAAGCAAUAAUAAUUUUAAUAACAACUUACUUUGAAAAUAAUAUUCUAUUAAAGACAUCAUUAUUAGGACUAUGUUUACUCUCUUAUUAAGCAAUAGCUGUUAAAAAUAAACCUUACAUUAUUUCAAAGUUUAACAAUUUAGAUUUGGCUUCAGGAUAAAUUUGCUCAAUUGCCAUAUUUCUAGCAGCAAUUAAAUAUGAAAGUUAAAACUUAAAUAAUUAAUUUUUUUCAGUAUUCCUAUAAAUAUUAAUACUUAUUAUAUUGAUAAGACUUUGUUAUCCAUUCAUUUUCAAUAUUGUUACUGUUUAUUAUCAAAAAUAUAGCUUUUUGAUUUUAACAAAGAUUCAUUAAAGUUUCAAAUCUUUAAAUUUAAAUAAAUAAUGCAUUAAAGUUCUUGGAAAUUAUCUAAUUAAAGAGAAUGAAAGAAAAUAGAAAUUGAAAAGAAAUUUCCAAAAACUUAAAGAAUAUUUGAUAUCUAAAUCUUAAUCUAAAAUUCAGUCAUCAAAUUAUAGGUAUACAUAUUCAUUAACUAAUUUUAGAACUACUAACAUAAAGAUUCAUCUAAGAUCAACAUCAAAUAGUGGACAGUAUUUAGUUGAAGCAUUGAAUGAAUGA